AUGGCUGACGAUAGCUUCGGAUCAUUACUGCCGCUGAUAGCGCAAACAACUGAGCAUAUAAGCAGCGGUAAUACACAGGCAGCAUCAAAGGCAGCUAAAGAGUUGAAAACGAAUUUGGACAAGUCUCAUGAGAAAGUGCGAAAUAUCCAAGGCGCCAAUUUGACAAAGGAGGACCAACUGAAGCUUAUUGAGGAACUGACAAAGAUCCGCGAACAGAAAUUGAAAACAGUGGAGAAUAUUGAGAGAGGAAUGCUAGCAAGCGGCACAGAAAGUAAAGAGUAA